GUCGACCUGCAGCUUCUCACAGUGAGUCUGAAUGAAGCACUUCUGUCUGGGACCUCUUAGUGAUUGUUACUGGGAUUACUGGGACCACUAGAACCACUGGGACUACUGGGACCACUAGAACCACUAGGACUACUGGAACCACUAGGACUACUGGGACCACUGGGACCACUGGGCUGUGAAAGGAGAAUUUGAGCAGACUGAAGUGAGAGGAGCUGAUUUGUUGACAGCUGUGCUUUGAUUCAUGAGUGAAUGCAGCUGUUGAUGUUUGCUGAUACUUCAGUACACAGAGUACACUACCUUAAUUACAGCUUCCAGGUUUGGUUCUGGUCCUCCAGUCUCUCCGUGUGGUGAACGUUAAAUCAUGGGGGCCAAAGACCUCAGCAUGACCUCUGACCCCGAGGGGUCCCGACCUCCUGCCCGACGCCGGAGUCCCUUCAACAGCGUCAAGUUCUUUGUGUUUUGUCACAGUCUUCUUCAGCUGGCUCAGCUCCUGGUGUCUGGUUACAUGAAGAGCUCCAUCUCCACCAUCGAGAGACGUUACGGUCUCUCCAGCCAGAAGUCUGGUCUGCUGGCUGCUUUCAACGAGGUAGGGAACACGGUCCUCAUUGUGUUCGUGAGUUUCUUGGGGAGUCGUGUUCACCGGCCUCGGUUUAUUGGAGGCGGAGCUCUGCUGGCCGGCCUCGCCUCGCUGCUAAUGGCGCUGCCACACUUUGUGGGCGGAGCCUACGACUUCACCGACCGCAUCAGCUCCUCCGGUGAGAACAGCUCUGGUCUCUGCCAAUCAGAGAGCCCCCUCGCCACCUCGUCCUCCAAUCGGAGCUGCAGCCGGCAGGAGAGCCCCGCCCAGCUGGGGGUGUACCCCCUGCUGCUCAUGGGUCAGCUGCUGCUGGGCAUCGCCGCCGUCCCCAUCCAGCCCUUCGGCAUCUCCUUCAUCGACGACCACGCCAGCAGGAAGAACUCGCCGCUCUACCUCGGUAUCCUCCUCGCUGUGACCUCCAUCGGCCCGGCCGUCGGCUUCAUCACCGGCUCCCUCAUGCUGCGCUUCUACGUCGACUUUGACAAGUUACCAGAAGCCCAGAUCAAGUUGACCCAUGAGGACUUACGCUGGGUGGGAGCCUGGUGGCUCGGCUUCCUGGUGGCAGCCUGCCUCCUCUUCCUCACAGCGCUGCCGUACCUCUUCUUCCCCAGGAGCAUCUCCAAAGAGGACAGCGGCGACGACGACGUUGUGGAGUCCAGACCGGACAGCAAGCAGCAGCAGCAGACAAACCCGGUCCAGGAAAUCUCUCUCCUUCAGUUCCUCAAAAGUUUUCCUCGUAUCGCUCUGCGAACCCUGCGGAGCCCCAUCUACCUGCUGGUGGUUCUGGCGCAGGUCAACCUGGCGGCGCUGCUGGCCGGCCUCGCCACCUUCAUGGCCAAGUUCAUUGAGAGACAGUUCAGCCAGACUGUCUCCUUUUCCACCAUGAUGAUAGGGGGAGUUUGUAUCCCGCUGGCAGUGCUCGGCACCGUCCUGGGUGGAGUUCUGAUGCGACGGUUGAAUCUUUCGGUCAGCGGUGCCAGCAAGUUGUGCACUGCUGCCAUCCUGCUCUGCAUGUUAUCCUCAACACCGCUGUUGUUCAUUGGAUGUCCCACCCAGAAGAUCGCAGGGGUCUUUCCUGCCAGCACUGCUGUGUUGCCAUGCAGCUCUGGCUGUCGGUGUCCUCAGGAGGCCUUUAACCCGGUCUGUGGUUCUGAUGGUGUUGAGUUCAGGUCUCCCUGCCAUGCUGGCUGUAUCACCAUAGCAACAGAUCCGAACAAUGCCACAAACUACGCUGAGUGUCGGUGUGUCGCCGGUCUCGGCUCCGCUGCUCCAGGAACCUGCGGCAGCGGAUGCUCCGGGCUCCUCCUCCCCUUCGUGGCGCUGCUCGGUGUCACCAGCUUCAUCGCCUCCUUCUCCCAGACGCCGUCCUACAUGAUGAUACUCAGGACGGUGCCCACGGAGGACAAGUCUUUUGCAGUCGGGGUUCAGUACAUGAUGUUCAGAGUGCUCGCCUUCAUGCCCGGCCCGGUAUUGUACGGCAGCGUCAUCGACACCACCUGCAUCCUGUGGGGCGAAAAGUGCGGCAAGCGGACUUCCUGUCAAUAUUACAACCUGGACCGCUUCAGACAGAGAUUUCUGGGUCUGCAGGUGGUCUUCGUGUGCGGGGGUCUGCUCUGCUUCCUGCUGACAGUGGUGGUCCUACGCCGGAGGGUCAGACGCCAGGAACCACAGCCGGCGGGGAAAGGAGGCUAUGAGCUGGUGAGCUCUUUGUCUAAAGAGAAAGGAGCGGAGGACCUGAAGACCUGAAGACAAGAGGACGAAGAACUCUUAUAGACGCCCGGACCGCAACGUGGAACAAAGUCACCAAGUGUGUGGAGUCUUCCUCUCAUGUAAAGGACCAGAAUUAUCUCACAUUGUGUUAUUUUACACUCAAUAAAUACUUAUUAAAGACUAUUUUUAUAUUUGAUGCCUGAACAACUUUUAAAGUGAAUCCGUGCUGAUGUUUAAUGAGCUGCAGUUCUUCCAAAGGCCACUAGAUGUCGCUCAAAGGAAACUGAAGAGAUAGCAACGUCUGGCCAGAUUGAAUUAUCUCAACAACUACUGGAUGGAUGUCCAUGAAACGUUUUUCAGACAUCCGUGGUUCUCAGGAUGAACCCUACUGACUUUGGUGCUCCUCUGACUCUCCGUCUAGCGCCACCAUCUGGCCAAACAUUCAAUUGUCCUACACUACCAAUGUUUUUAUUAUCCAGGGAAAAAUUUGAGCAUGUACUUAAUGGGUUGGCACCCAAUUUCGUAAAAACAUUCAUGGUUCUCAGAGGAUGACCCUACUGACUUUGGUGAUCCUCUGACUUUUCAUCUGGCGCCACUAGCCGAUCAACAUCUUAAUGUGUUUAAACACUUUGGUUUAUGACCAAAAACCUGCAGAACUGAAGACAUCACGUCAUUAGCGACUGUUAGCAUGCUAACACGCUGAUGGGGAACAUGGUAAAGAUUAUAGCUGCUAAACAUUAGCAUGUUACCAUUGUCAUCGUCAGGUUAGCAUGUAGCUUAAAGCUAAUCUGGGGAAAGAUUCCCAUGUUGAAGUCAACAUGCACUCUCAAAACAGCACAUCUAUUAAAUCUGGGUUUAAUUUGGAGUUUUGGAGUUUUCAGAAAAAGUUUCCCAGUUGUAGCAGAAAUAGUAAUGUAUAGAAUUGGUCUCAUAUUGUACAUAUAUAUUAAAACAAGGCUUUUACUUUGAAAAUCACAUUUUUUUUAAGCAAAGAAAAUAUAUAAAAACAGACUUUAAUAGAUUAAUUUCCACAUAAUGAGUUGUUUGUUUUUAUUUUAUCCUAACAGACCUUUUAACAUAAAUCUGACUUUAUUCUCAAUAAAUUCCAUCUUCUCAUGUAAACAUUUUUUUGUCUUCACAUUUUCUUGAAGUUAAUUUGUUUAAUGUUCGUUGUUUUAGUUUUGUAAAUA